CUAUGCUCAGUCACAGCGCGACAUUACAGCCACCACCAGCACCAUAAAAGGAUGUCUGCACCCUCGAGCAACAUGCCAAAGUAACCUACUUCUGUCGGGCACACACUGACUGCUCCUGCACAGGGGCCCCAACAAGUCACCGAGAGAUGAGAUUUGUGCACACAGUCCUAUCCGAAUAUCAUUCUUCUUCUAAAGAUAACUUCACAGCAUUUACUGCUCUGCUCCUCACUUUGAACACCACUGAUGGAUACAAAAAUGGACAACAAUUUUACUACACCUUCUGCAGCAACUGAAGAAAGUGACUGUGACCUCUAUUCACACCACCACACGGCCAGGAUACUAAUGCCUCUACAUUACAGCAUUGUCUUCGUAAUCGGGCUUGUGGGAAACGUGCUAGCCUUGGUUGUUAUUAUUCAAAACAGGAAAAAAAUCAACUCAACCACGCUGUAUUCAACAAAUUUGGUGAUUUCUGAUAUACUUUUCACCACGGCUUUGCCGACGCGGAUAGCCUACUACGCAAUGGGCUUUGACUGGAGGAUGGGCGAGGCCCUGUGCAGGAUCACAGCGCUCCUGUUCUACAUCAAUACGUACGCAGGCGUGAACUUCAUGACCUGCUUGAGCAUCGACCGGUUCUUCGCCGUGGUGCACCCACUGCGCUACAACAAGAUGAAAAGGAUUGAACAUGCAAAGUGCAUUUGCAUAUUUGUCUGGAUUCUAGUAUUCGCUCAAACACUCCCACUACUCAUAAAUCCUAUGUCAAAGGAGGAGCAAGAAAGGACUACAUGCAUGGAGUAUCCGAACUUCGAAGAAACAAAAUCUCUUCCCUGGAUUCUGCUUGGUGCGUGUUUCAUAGGCUAUGUGCUCCCUCUCCUAAUCAUUCUCAUCUGCUAUUCUCAAAUCUGUUGCAAACUCUUUAAAACUGCCAAACAAAACCCACUGACUGAGAAAUCUGGUGUAAACAAAAAGGCUCUCAACACAAUCAUUUUUAUAAUUGUUGUGUUUGUUCUCUGUUUCACACCUUACCAUGUUGCAAUUAUUCAACACAUGAUUAAGAAGCUUCAUUUUCCUGAUUUCCUGGAAUGUAGCCAAAGACAUUCAUUCCAGAUUUCUCUGCACUUUACAGUAUGUCUGAUGAACUUCAAUUGCUGUAUGGACCCUUUCAUAUAUUUCUUUGCAUGUAAAGGGUACAAGAGAAAGGUUAUGAAGAUGUUGAAGCGUCAGGUCAGUGUAUCAAUUUCCAGUGCCGUGAGGUCAGCCCCUGAAGAAAACUCACGUGAAAUGACAGAAACUCAAACAAUGAUACAUUCCAAGUCUUUAAAUGGAAAAUAAAAGAAGAAUUAAAUCUUGAGUUUAUAGCAAAGUAGACUGUAUGAUGAACUUUGCUGAACUUUUCUUAUAAAGCAAAGCGAUUGUUCAACUUCCAAUUAGGAUUCUUAUAAAGUCCUUUCACUGGGCAUGAGUUCCUACCUCCAUAUUGGAAGUAAAUGGGUGGAUAUCGUUUUUUAUACUCAAGAAAACAACAUAAAGCAAAGUUCUAAUGUGUAACAAAAUACUCUACCAAAAGGGAGGCUAUUUUAUAUCUCUCAGCAUAAAAAGAUUUUUAUGUUAUUGAAAAAUUUAAACAUCAAUAUUUCCUGCCAAAAAUUUGGCAGAGGAAAAAAAGACUGUAAGAUUGUAUAUUGCCAUGUAAAAAUGUCAAUACUGUAACAUGUUUCUUUUUGUUAACAUAUUUCUUUAACUCAUACUUCUUUCAAUCUUUGACUUUAAUCUCCUUGAUAAUAUCAGCAUUUUGCUUUCUUUUGUUCUGAGUCAUAAAAUUUUGUUUCAGAGAACUCUUCUGGAAUAAAGAGCAGGAUGCUACAAAAUUAA